AUUUGAAAAUAUAAUAUGAAUAGCCUUGUAGCAAAAUUCAUAUCAAGUAAAAUUUUUCAUUGGUGAAAGACCUACUAAUAUGUCUUAGUCUUUGUAAAAGGUGUGAUAUCUGAAGAGCCGAGUCAUAAUAUCACAGAAAAUAGACUAGCUUAAUCUCUAACAAAAUAGUUUGAUUUUGGCCAUAAGUUAUAAUCUUUGUCUAAUGGUGUGUUUCACAGAGAAGUCUCAGAAGGCCGUACUGGAACCAGUAGAAAUCUGUGGGCACUAGCCAGGCGUUGACUAGCUGGCUGACUGGUGAUGCCUUGCCGCAGAGCCGGAAGUAGGUCUGCUCAACCCAGAGCUCAGCUUGAACUGGUAGCUGGGAGCUGCUCUCUUUCAAAGAUGGGUCUCUCAAGUUCCUCUGGCUCCCAGCUCCUGGUCCCGCAGCAGCUCUGGCAUACAUUAUUCAAUAUCUGGUCUAGUAAGUUACUGACUUACAUACUAGAGAUACAUUUUCAAUAAAAUAUGCCAAUGUAUUUCAUUUGUACAUCCAGGUUUUUAACAAGUCAGCUGGCAUAAGAUAUUUGCAACUGUAUGUAUGCAGCUGUGUUUUCAAAUGGUAACUUCAGAACUGCAAUAAUUAGGCUGGAGUGAAACAGCAGAGAAAGUACACAGGCAGGCCUUUGGGCAUAGCCACCUGUAAGCAAGUAGAUAGAUUUUCGAUAUAAAUAGGGCACACUCCUACACUAACCUGUUAUAUUUUCAUAUUUGGCUGUAGAUGAUUACAGCACAAAUAUUAAAUUCCAGGGCCUAUCAUUAGAUUAUAUAACUUCCCAUUUAUUGUGGGAUGUAUCUGCAGAAAAUACAGACACUACAUAAGAGCUGCAGAAAAAGAUUUUUCAUCAGGUCUCCAUAAGGGAACACGAAGAAGAGGGAAAAAAAGCAUAUUGCUCAGGCACAAGGGUAUAGCGAGGAGACUGGGGAUGAGACCUGCCUAGAGGGGUGAGAAGUAGACUAUUUGCUGGUACACUGCAGUUCUUGAGCUCAGGCUGACUACAAAGGUAUUCUUGCCUUACAAGACCUUCCCUUCAUCUCACAGCUGCAAUCCCUCCUGCUCAACCAUAACUUACUUUUGAGUAUUGUAAUAGUGAAUGGCACCUAUAGAUAAUGAAAUAACAUAUGUAACAUGUGGAAUUACAGUCAGAGAAUCAGUUGUGUUGCUUAGUGUAACUGCAAAUAAUUUUAGCAUUUCCAUACUCCAAACUCAGUUCUUGACCUUUCCCACAACAGGCAGAAUUAUAUCAUGUGUGUUUUGCUAGAACACUUGCAAACCAAGCGCUUAAGUAACUAGGUUAUGUUUAUCAGUGCAGUGAUGUAGUUUAAAUCCUAUAAGGUCAAUGAGAGCUUUUCCAUGGGCUUUAAUUUCACAAAUUUAAGAAUAUAAGUAAUCUUGAGUCAGUUUUAAAGAGCCGGUAUUUCUUUCUAUGGGAAAUGCCACUAACAUGGACACUUCAGUUUUGAAACUAAUACUGAUUUAGUUCAACUUCAGUUGAUACUUUUUUGCAUUCUGACUCUGUCUUAGGAGUAUCUGUAUAAGAUAUUCAUGCAUUUGUCCUAGUGUUCUGUCCUGUAGCAUGAUAUCACUUACAUUAAAAAUCCCUAUGGUAAUUUCGUUGGUUAAGCACAGCCGUCGAAUUAGGCUUUGCUAGAUUAUCUGUAGGUAUCUACCUCAGCUGCUGUUCUCUCUGUACAUGUUAGCAUUGAUGCACAGUACUGCUAGCUGUGUGUUAAAGAUCGCAAACAGUAGCGGACCACUACUGAUGUUCCUCCUGUUCUCCAUUCUUUUAUCUUUGUCCUGCUUAUCUGUCUUUCCAUCUCUGUUUCAUUAAGUCUUGGAAACAUUUUAUACUCUAUUCAGUCUUUAAUCACUAAUAUCCUUAUGGACUAUUCCAGGCUGCUGUUCAGGCUGACAGCCAAAUAACCCCUGUUUUGCCAAGUCAGGGAUGUACGGUAAAUAUUUAGUAGCAGACCAGAGCAGCACACCUGCAUUUGAUAAAUACUGGGGGGAAGUGAUUACACGCCCCAGUUUUGGCCACAGUAGAAGAAAUAUCCACUGUUAAUCUUAAGUUUCAAGGCAGCUGGCUCAGUUCAGCAUUUAAAAAACCAAGUCCCAAGGCUGAAGUAAGAGCAAAUGACUGUAUUAAAAGGCAAAGGAUUUGAAUCAGAGGUCCAGCAGUGCCUAUGUUUUGCAUACUUCCUCUGGGGACCUAGCGGGCAUCAGAGGAGUGAAUAGUCUACCUCCCAUUGCCACAUUUGUCUAAUAGGAGGCCUGCUUUACGCAGAGGCUCUUAGGGCAACUACAGAGCCUCAGUUUUCCAGUGAGCCUGAACAAUCAUUUCAGAAACUGGUCUGCUAGCUGUCCUGGGAGAUUUCAGCAAGGAAAUCAUAGAUACCCCUGCAGGAUGAAAGUGGAGGAACCAGUGUUUCAAGCCAGGAUAUAUUUUUUUUAACCAUAUCUGUUAUUGUGUUGGUUUCCCUGGAGAGAUCACCGUCUGUUAAGGGCAAAAGCCACUUAAGCAGCUUAUGCAGUAGUUUAUUGCCUUUCUUCCAUCCCAAAGUCCACAUGAUUAUUGAGGGGGGAAAAUGGUAAAUAUGCAACCAAGUGCUAAAUGUGUCAUAAUAGUGACUUAGUGGCUUUAAGUGCAUUUACAUGAUCGCGGGACUUUCAGAUAUUUCCUAAGAUUCGAUACCUUUCCUGUAGCGUGUUGUCAUAAUCUGUGGAGCUACUUCAUUUACAGACAGUAGGAAACUGAAAUAAAGUUAGACCCUAACUUAGGCUACCAAUGAUAGGUGUCCUCUUCAUUGGAGAAAAUGUUUCAAGGUUAAAAGCCACCAAAAGUCAGUUUGUCCUUGUGAGUCUUUUCUUUUCUUUUCUUUUCUUUUUUUUUUCUGGAAACUGGGCACACAUGCAACCUCAGCUCUUUGGCAAAUGUUCAUAGCGAGGAGAUAAAUUGCUGAAGCCUUCUGUAGCAAAGUCUAUGCUUUUCCAUUUUUGCCCUCACUUUUUCCAUUUUUCGAUGAAGAAGGGGGAGGAAGGUACAGAAUGUAGCCAGUUUAUGCUUACCACAUAACAGGAAUUACCUCAGCAGCUCUACUGCCUUAGCCCUUUUCUAAUACGCAGUGCUUACCAGAAUUUUGGUCAGCUUGUCUGUUUAAUAAGGUGAACUUUGCUGGGUCGUUUCUGUAAUUAACACUCACAUGAACUGAUACAUAGAAUUGUUAGCAGGCUCUUCAAAAACUCCUUUUUAUUGGCUGAAGAAAUUCAUCUGCUGGAAUGGAAUACCAUCUCCUUGCUUGGAAAGACAACAUAACCAAAAUGUUAAAAUUUGUAAGCUGUGGCCUUCAUCACAAAGAAGCUAAGCAAGGGAAUUAAUUUUUUAAUUCCUAAAAGUAUGUAUAAUUAAUGAAUUCUCCUCUUCUUAUUUUGCAGGCACUCUCAGUAUAGAAAGGCCAGUAAGGAGACUGAGCAAAGCCAUUGCUACAGAAUGCAAACAAGUGCAUCUUCUUUCUAAUGGCAUCACUGUGGAGAUGCAAAAGAGGAACACCAAAUUCUAAGAUUUACUGCAGGAACUGGUUGUCCACUUAGUCAUGAGGAAAUGGGAAUUGCAGUUAUGCCAGAAAUUUUUUGUGAAGAAUAAAGCAAGCAAUCUACAACAUCAAAUACAAUGGCAUCCCAUGCUCACAAACAAGCACACAGUGAUUAACAUUUAAACUGACGUUUAAUUCAAAAAAUUAAUCAGCCCUUAUUCCAUGCAAUCCAUAUAAUUAAUCUGGUACUAUAGAACCAUUUAAAUUUAUGACACCUAACCCCAGCAGUUUAACAGGCUUCUAUAACGCCUUGUAAUAUAUCUGCAUGACAUGUUCUGGAGCAUUUCACAAAGCAAAAAAACACCACUAUAUAUAUUAGUAGUAAAUAUCUCCCUAAAAUGGCCUCAUCUGAAUGCAUCUUCAUACAUACAGCUAAUGUUAGUCUUGCUGAUUUCUUGCAACAUGGUCAAUACCAAGGUAUGGGUGCUGACCAGUGGUGUGAGUCCGCUGAAUCUAACUGGCAGCAAAAGUUUACAGAAUCCAAAUCCUAACAAAAUCCUCACUUUUAGCUGAAAAACUGAAAGGUAGUGUGGAAAAUGAAGUAUAUCACAAAUUUGCUUAAACUAUUUGUAGUAUUACAGGAGGUGUCAUCCUGCCUUCCAAAUACUUGUUUAAAUUCUGCAGUGGCUAAGAACAUAGUUGAUAUUUCUGUGAAGACCCCACACACUCUGGAACUUAUUUCCUAGGUAAUGUCAGGACAAGAUACAUGAGGAUUCCCAGAGUAUGUUAGCAACUUGUAACCUUUUGUAAACAAUGUCAGUGGUUCUGAAUAUGGUUCCAGUGUGUCCAGUAUCUUGUCAUCACCUGCCAUGGUUCAGUAGUGUUUUUGACACAGGUGCGAUCAACUUCCUCAAGUCAUUCGGAAUUAAAGAGUUACAUUUCUUGUGGUUAAUGCAGCCACUCAGUCUUUUGGGAGGGUAAAUUAUGAGCAUAUGGCCACCAGUAAGCAUCUCUAAAAGCCAACUUUCCUUUCAGGAGUAUUCCCUAUGCUAGAUUAUGAAGACAAGCCAUAUGUGGGAAGAGACAGUUGUAUCCUUUUGGAAGUAAUCAACAUCCUGUGGCAUGAAAAGAAUGUAUUUAUUUUGUAUAUAAUAAAUACAUUAAAAUAUUUAAUUAUUUAAAGGACAAGUGGAAAGAAGAGGAAUGUAAGUCUUAUGUUAUGGUUCUGUUUCCUUGACCUUACUAAUCAGUCUGAUAUUUGAGGCUAAAUUCAGAGUUUCUACUUCACUUAUAAAAAGCAGCUGUAAAGCUGGUAAACAGGCAGAUAUCAAUUGUCACUGAAAGAUGCUAGAACAGCGUGUCAAAGCAAGUGGAACUGGGAGCUUACAGUAGACCUGGCAAAAGGCGAUGGCAGUGUGGGAUAAACUGGAAGAAGGAUUGUUCGAGACAGACUCAAGGCUCAGAAGUUUUACACAGAAAAUUUCUGCUACUUCCCAGAAGGGAAAGUUCUCCCCAAUUGCUCGCCUAAUUGUGCAUCUUGUCUGCAAUCUCAAAAUAUCCACUGGCUCCAUAAGUCCAUCCAGUGGCUGCAUGUGGGAACUGCAUAUUUCAAAAGCAACAGAAACAAGAUAAAAGUUAAUGACAAUUUAUUCACAUUCAAAUGAAUUACCUACUAGACCGAGGAAGAGAAAUGUGGCCGCCUGCUGUUUCCCGUGGAGAUCAUGAAACGUCGUCGGCUUCCUAGCAGCAGCGAGGAUUCUGACGACAAUGGCAGUUUGUCUGCUUGGUCCCAGCAUUCAAGAUCUCGACGUCGGAUGACUUCGUGUUCCAGACAUGAAGAUCGAAAACCCUCUGAGGUGUUCAGAACGGACCUGAUCACUGCCAUGAAGUUACAUGACUCCUUCCAGCUGAACCCUGAUGAAUACUAUGUGCUGGCAGACCCCUGGAGGCAGGAGUGGGAAAAGGGAGUUCAGGUGCCAGUUAGCCCAGGGACCAUCCCAGAACCAGUAGCCAGGAUUGUGUCUGAGACAAAAGCUGUCACGUUUACACGUCCCAGGAAGUACAUUGUUUCAUCAGGUUUGGAGCCUCCAGAGCUGGGCUAUGUUGACAUUCGAACCUUAGCAGACAGCGUGUGUCGCUACGAUCUCAAUGAUGUGGAUGUGGCAUGGUUGCAGCUUGCUAACGAAGAGUUUAAAGAAAUGGGGAUGCUUGAGCUGGACGAGUACACUAUGGAAAGGGUCAUAGAGGAGUUUGAACAGCGAUGCUAUGAUAACAUGAAUCAUGCUAUCGAGACGGAGGAAGGCCUUGGGAUUGAAUAUGAUGAAGAUGUUGUCUGUGACGUCUGUCAAUCUCCAGAUGGAGAAGAUGGCAACGAGAUGGUGUUUUGUGACAAAUGCAAUAUUUGUGUGCACCAGGCAUGUUACGGGAUCCUGAAGGUGCCGGAAGGCAGCUGGUUGUGCAGGACCUGUGCACUUGGUGUUCAGCCCAAGUGUUUGUUGUGUCCCAAGAAAGGUGGCGCCAUGAAGCCGACUCGGAGUGGGACCAAGUGGGUCCAUGUUAGCUGUGCUCUGUGGAUUCCUGAGGUGAGCAUUGGCAGCCCAGAAAAAAUGGAACCUAUUACGAAGGUUUCUCACAUUCCCAGCAGUAGAUGGGCAUUAGUGUGCAGCCUUUGUAAUGAAAAAGUUGGGGCUUCAAUACAGUGUUCAGUGAAGAACUGCAGAACAGCCUUUCAUGUCACCUGCGCAUUUGACCGUGGCUUGGAGAUGAAGACCAUACUGGCGGAGAACGAUGAGGUGAAGUUUAAGUCCUACUGUCCCAAGCACAGCUCCACCAAGAAAGCGGAUGAUGAGCCCCUCAGUGAAAGCCCAGGCCAGGAGAAUGGGAAUGGGCUUCAGGACAGCUCUUUUCCUGCCCACAUUGACCCCUUCCACAGCAUCGAUCAAAAUCAGGAGGAGGCCCACAGAGUCAGCGUCCGCAAGCAAAAACUCCAGCAGCUGGAGGAUGAGUUCUACACGUUUGUUGAGUCUUCAGAAGUGGCUAAAGCGCUGCGGCUGCCUGAGGAGCCUGUGGGAUUCCUUUACCAGUACUGGAAGCUGAAGCGAAAAGCCAAUUUCAAUAAGCCCUUGAUUACCCCAAAGAAGGAUGAAGAGGACAAUCUGGCUAAGCGAGAGCAGGAUGUUCUGUUCAGACGAUUGCAGCUCUUCACGCACCUCCGGCAGGAUCUGGAGCGGGUACGUAAUCUCACUUACAUGGUGACUCGAAGAGAAAAAAUCAAGAGAUCUGUUUGCAAAGUUCAAGAACAGAUAUUUAAUCUCUACGCAAAGCAGUUGGAACAAGAACGAGUUUCAGGUGUGCCUUCGUCAUUCUCCUCAAUGGAAAAUAUGGUGUUGUUCAAUAGUCCAUCUUUGGGUCCCGAUGCCCCUAAGAUAGAGGACUUGAAAUGGCAUUCUGCAUUCUUCAGGAAACAAAUGGGCACGUCUCUAACCCACUCUUUGAAAAAAUCGCACAAGAGCGACAGAGUAAGAAAUAGCUCUGGGAAUGACAGCAAAUCCAUGCUGAGGCAGCCCAGCCAAAGGGAAGGUGGUGCGACUCCAGGUAGCUUUAUAAAUUUUGACAAGACCUUUGCAGAAGCACGGGUUGUAUCAGCACAGCAGAAAAAUGGCAUAGUUAUACCAGACCACAGGAAAAGAAGAGACAAUCGUCCACAGUGUGAGGUAAUCAAGGCAGAACUGAAGGAAAAGACUUCUAAACACAACCACAAACCACUGAGACCCACAGAACUCUCUCUGAGGCAAUCAGAAAAUAAGAGGGCUGUGAACCACUCCAGUGGUAGGACAGCACCUGGCACGCGGAGGGAUAUAGUGCCUAAAUGCAAUGGAGGUCUCAUCAAAAUAAACUCUAAUCAGACGGUAGUUAAAGUGCCUACAACGCCCACGAGCCCAGUGAAAAACUGGGGCGGAUUUCGAAUUCCAAAGAAGGGGGAGAGACAGCAGCAGGGCGAGAGCCCCGAGGAGACCUGCCGCCAGAACUCCAGCUACCCCUACCUGGGCGUGGGCAGGGUUUCACCGAAGGACAGGGCGAAAAGCAAGCUAAAGCCUGACAGUGAGAAUGAUGGGUACGUCCCUGACGCCGAAAUGAGUGACUCAGAAACUGAAGUGGCUGAAAAAAAGUGCAGACAGCAGAGGCUCAGUCCCAACAGCACGAUCAACAGGAGGACAGACAUUAUUAGGAGAAGCAUCCUGGCAUCCUGACUGGACAGAGGGACGUAGUGUCAGCACCGUGGUCAGUAGAGUCACUGCCUACAAGCCAACUCCACGUUAUUUAUUGGUGUGAGAGGGGAGAGUUCUUAGACAUGGCUGCAGACUGACAAAUUAGACCCAUUAUUCCUAAGCUGUAUAAACAUGUUUACAUGCACUUAAAAGAUAUUUUUUGCCCCCCCAACCUAUUCUGUGAGAAAUUUGAAUCUUUAUUUGCAACUUUCCUGAGGAAGCAGAGAAAUGAGAUCAUUACUAAAAUAGGAUUUGUGAUGAACACUAAAAUAACGCUCUAAAAACUUUAGAAGGGGCUAGGGUGGGUAGGGGGAGGUAGGCUGCAUUCAUCCCUGUUUAGCUAAACAGCACUGAUUGAAAACAUUUUGGUUUUGUUCCCUUCCCCACCCUUCCAAAAAAGCACAAGCUGUUAAUUUAACUAGAGUGUACUAAAUCAAAGGUGGUUAUUUAACCGUACUGCACUGCUAAACCCCAUUACAAAUGGUCACUUUCCUUGGAUGGUGGUAGGUCUUUGUCCUCUGUUUGCAGAAUGCUUUGUUGCAUUCAAUUUGAGCACAUAUGGCAGCUCAAAACCCUCCAUAAACUCCAGAGUUUACAUGUAAAUACAUCUAAGAUGGCCAGAUAUAAACAUGAUUUUAUACUGGAGAAAGGAAGGGACAGGUCAGGGCUGCAGCUGCCUUAUAGUGCAGCAGCUUGAAAAGACUCAGACUGAGCAUGGAGAGAACUCCUGAAUGGCUUAGUUCUGAGAAGAGCGCAGGCUUAUGGGUUACUGCACCCUGUGGAAUAACACAUUAGCAUUUAUUUAGUCACCUGCCUCCUGGAAUACAAUGACAAUUCAAGAAAAAAAAUUUUAAGGCACUAGUCAGUAGGAUUUCCCAAAGCCCACUGCAUAUGCACUAAUGGUAUGUAUUGGGAAAGCCAGGCUUAUGACACUAAAGGGUUAAAGUGGACAUAAAUAUAUAUUUUUAAAGAGAAUAAAAUGGAAAGGCAAUAAAUUGUGAUUAGCUCUUUACAUUCAAAUGAAGAAAAAUUAUUUCAUUCUAUUCUGGACUAGAUUUGAUGGAAGAAGGAACUCACAUUCUGAUUGCAUACUUUUUUUUUUUUUUUAAAUUGCAAAUGGCAAUAACUAGUAAGCUAUCAGCAAUAAUAUUAGCAGUUCAUUAGGAUACUGUUUUGUACUGAGUAGAGUGCACACAUAACAGUGGAUUGUUAGGAGCCUGUAAGUUUUUCAAUUCUGCAUAAAUUUAAGUCAGGUAUAUACUAGUUAAAAGAAAGUUUAAGCAGCAAUGAGUUACAGAAAUACAGGCAUAAAGAUCCCCCUCCCUUUUCUGUUCCUGGCCUACUGUUAUCAUAUUCAGCUAUUUUUUAAUGUUAGACCAUUGCCUCUUGAGCAGGGAAAAUUUUAAAAUACAGUAGAACUCUGCCAUAACCGAGUCUUCCAGAGGAUUCAAUCAGAAAAAGGCUUAUUAACACCCUGUCUUGCUAUGCAAGUUAUCACUUAAUUGAAUAUUUUGACAGAAAGCAUCCCUGUCAUGUUUUAAAAAUUGGAAGUCUUAACCUUUUGAUACCUUUUGGGAUGAUGCUGAAGAGGGGAAAUUUUGUUUAACACUGUACUUUUAAAAUACCAUUGCUGCUCCCAAGAAAUUAGGUUAACCUCAUGAUUUGGCCAGAUUAAAGUCUAACAGGGCAUUGGCAAAUCUGAAAUUACGUAGUCAUUCUUGGGAUGAGUUAAAAUAAGAGUACUUAUUUAAUCAGAAAGCAACAAGACAGGCAAAAGGUAAGUGCAGGUAGUUCUAUUCAACAUACAGCAACAUUUUCUAGACAAGCAUUGUUAGUUUCUGUAAGAAGCUUGUGACACAUAGGGAAUUGUUUGUCAAGCCAUAGAUGGAAUAAUCUAAAUUUUGAUUCUAAGUAAAUAUUUAACCUCACACCAGUUUGAAAGAGGUACCUGAUUAAUUUGCACUAUUAUGAAUGCUAGCAUUGUGCAGAAUUAAUGCCUUAUCUGUUUUGCUCCCCAACAUUUAGGUUAAUAAGCUUUCUAAUGUUUCAAGUUAUGCUGAACCAAAAACAAAAAAGCGCUUUUCCCCCAUCCCCUAAUUACAAAAAGCUGUAAGAUGACCGCAGUAUGACCAGCUCUAUAGAUUAGUUUUGUCUCCCAUGCUUAGUGUUCAGCAGAAGAGGUGUUGUAAAAGUACAGUAGUGACAAUACAAAUCCACCCCCUGUAUUUUAUUGGGAUAGAACCAUUUGCUGAAUUCUUUUUUAACCGUUACCUUUCUUGUGCAGACUGACCAAGAAAUCUUUGAUUAUGAUUGGUGUAUUAUGUCAAACUGUAGGCUAGUUAAAACUUCUGUAAAGUUGCCUGGAAUGCCAUUUGUUAGGUUAUAAACUCACACAAAUCUAAAUGAAGGGUUAUACGUGUUGUGUAUAAAUCUUAAUUUCAGAAAUUUGAAAAAAUUGUCAUUACAUUUGUAAAACCUUGUACAGAAGAUUUUUCACUAUGUGCCUAGCUUUGGUGUCCAUUCAGCUAAAAUUAAUUAAAAAGGUGCAUGAAGAGAAACAGAUAGAAAUAAAAAGUAUAUGUAGAGAUGACUAUUUUAUAUUACAUGGCCCAAUCCUGUAUUUAUUUUCCCCCUUUUUUGAAGUAUUUAUAAAGACCUAGUUGAAGACAGCUGUAUUUUUUGUUAAAAUAUUCAGUAGAAUUGUGCCUUUUUGUCUGUAUGUGAAUAAAUGCUGUACAUUUUUGCAA